AUGGAGCCGGACCCCGGCCUGCACGUCACAUCAGAGCUGCAACGAGGAGGGCACAGGCACCAGGAGCAGAACCUGGCUCAUCAUCGCCGACCAGGAGUCUCAGGCUUGCAGUCCUGCUGUCUGACCCAGCUGGAUGUGGAGAUGCUGGGCAGCUGCCCUGCAUGGCAGAAGCGGGAGCAUGGAGCUGGUCAAGCACGAGCACACACUGGCUGGCGUGGAGCUCUGUCCGCCAACUCUGCAGCUGACCUGGUCCUGGCUGCUGGGCCCGUGGGAGCCCCGAGGACUCGCAGGACCACAUCACUCUUCCACCUCCCAGGGGACUUCAUCAGUCCUGAGCUUCAGAAGCAACUAGAACAACACCUUCACCAGAGAUUCACACAACACUGCUGCGGACUGUCCCCCCAGGCCGCAUCAGGGAGCAGCCAGAACAUGCAGAAAAUGGGGUCCACAGGCCUAGCCAAGUUGCAACUUGUGAAGAUCCCAAGUAAGGAUCUGAGGCACUGUCUAAAGAGGGUCCUAGAAGAUCUACCCAGGUCUUUGGAAAGCAGCUCAGGGAAGGUUCUAGGGGCCACCUCUGAGAAAAAGUCAGAAAGGGACUGGAUGAGGCCAUCAAGAAGUGAGUCAGGAAAGGAUUCACCAAAGAGCCCAGACAAGAAGCAUCAAGCAGACAUCACGAAAGUCCACUUGCACAGGAAACUGUAGGAGAUAAACGAGGGCGUGAUCCCUGUGGGUGUUCAACAUCCAGGCUUGCUAAUGCUUCGGCUUGUCUCCUCCAGAGAACUCAAACCUUCACGUGCAAACUGGAAAUCUAGCAUCCCCCAAGGCCACUUCAGGAAAAAGAUCAGGUGUUUUCUACAGUGGAUUUUCCCCAGUAAAAAAACCAAAGGGUGGAAAGAUCCCCUGCAAAAAGGCAAGCCCACAUCAGCCCCUGCCCAGAGCCAGGAGCCAGUCCCAAGCAGACUGUUUGUGGACAACAGGGUGGCUGAAGCCCAGGCGCUCAUGACCACUGUUGGAGGGACCCUAGAGGAGAAAAUGGGGCUCCACCAUGAACUUCCUGCCUCAAAGGCCCCAGUGGGAGGCCAGAGCGCCCCCCUGCGUUUAAAGGCGAAGCUUCUGUCCCCGGAACAGCGCGCCCGGGUGGGGCUCCUGCGCGGAGGCGCGGGCUUCUCCGUGUCGGUGCGUCUGCCUUUACUUACCAGCCAGUUCCACUGA